UUUUUUUUUUUUUUUUGGUAAGCUUUGCUAGCACUCCAAUGAACUGAAUAUUGCAUUUAAUUUUGUUGCUAGUGUCUUAUAUAUUCGGUGGCAAUGGCUUUCAAGGCAAAAAAUGAGUCAAUACACUGGCAGAACUUGGAGGGCUGUUUGCCUGCGUGGAGCCGAAGGUAUCAGCGCAACACGACGGGGCACUAUCGCGAGGAGCCGGUGAGCAAACUGAAUGAAUACGAUAUCGAGAUCGAGGACCGGCUGUGGUCUCUGUGGGGCAGUCUUCAUCCCGAGGCACCUGUGUUUCCGAGCAAGUCUCGUGGACGUCAAUACUUGGCCAUCUACGUCGUCGCCUGCUGCGCGGCCAGCGUGUUCAAUCUGAUGGACUGGAGCGGUCGACUGCUGGACACGAUAGUUGUGAAUGGAAACAAGUACUUCGAGGAGAGCUACGCUCAAAUAAAGGCGAAGGACCACGAGCUCUCACUGGAGAACCUCAACAUAGACUGCGCACUGGAAUCGGUGAAGUUUGUGGUUCACAUCGAGCACGUCUGCUAUGGCAAGCUCUAUUGCGUGCCCACUUUCAAUCGCAUGAAUCUCUCCGAGGCACUCAGCUACUUCUUCGCGCACUAUCGAUUCGGCAUUGUGAAGGUGCGCAAGCGUGCCCUGGCCAUUGGCCUCUGUCCGGACCCGGGCGAGGGUUACUUCAUGUACGACUGCCAGGCGAAGGAUCUACCGCUGUUUCCCAAGCAGCAGGGCGCCUCGUACCUGCUGCGCACUCGGCAUCUGCAGGUGCUGCUCUACUGCAUCGUAGUCACACUGGAUGUGCCCAUCACCAACGUCAGGUUUAGCAUCCACAAGGUGGAGAUGAUGCGUGAGGGCGAGGAGGAGGUGCCAGAGCCGUUGCAGAAGACCAAUAAAAAAGUGAAGUAAUACCGAUAGGUGAAAUUGGUAGUUGGUAUAACAGGCUUGUCACUAACAGGCUGAAAAAGGCGUGGCGUAUAUAUGAACGGGGUGGCGAACAGAAUCUCUUCGCCUGUAUGAACGCAUCGAACUUGGAACCUAUAAGAGCUAGAGACUUACAAUUUUUUGCAGAUCCUUAUAAAGGACAUACACAUCAAGUUUGCUUUAUCAACAUUUAAUGAAUACAUAACCAUGCGUCCUAUACUGUCAUUAUUUCUCUAUGUAUUGAAGAUUAUAAUUAAUAUAAAAUGAAGACUAACUUUAGUACUAA